AAAAAUAUGAAAACUAAAUUUAAUUUUUUAGUUCAGUUAAGUUUUUUUUCGUUGAUAAGUUCAAACAAGCUUGAUGAGUAUAAUUGAAGAUGAACAACCUAUCAAUUUUAAAUAAUUUUGUUUUUAAUAAUUUUGAAUUUCUAUAAAAAAGUAUCCCUGACGAAAAUCGUUUCUUCUAGAAAAAUUAAUAAAAUUUUAUAAACUUCUAUGAACUUUUAUUAAUUGAUUUAAAUCGUCGGAUUUAAGACUCUAAUAAAAGUUAAUAGAAGUUUGUAAAGCUUUAUGAGAGUUAAUAACAUUUUAAAGCUUUUUCAUUUUUCAGUUACAAUAUUGUCAAUUUAUAUAAAAGGUUAUGAUCUGUUUAUAAAAAUUAUUUCAUGUUUACAAAAAAUAAUACAAGAUAAUAAAAGUUUAUAGAUCAUUCUAAUUGGCAAUUUCAAAUUCUGAAAAAAAAUUAGAAUGAGAUUUUGAACCAGAAAAAUCGUACGAUACUUUGGUUUUCAUAUUCGUUAACUACAUGGAAUUCUCAACAAAUAUCUAUAUUAGAGCUGUGCCAUGUGUGUAAGCGUGUGUGUAGGGAACCAUAAUAACUUUCAACUAUGUGUGCCGAAAGGUGCGUCAAACUAUUAUAGGGUUCUGACUUUACGUAGCGCCGCCGAGCGAGCAACAUCAAGCGUGUGCAGCUCCGUGAAAAAUACUGAGUAUUUUUGAUUUAUAAGUGAGUUCUUUGUGACGAAAGAGAAAGGAAGGUAUAGGAAAGAAAAGUAAAAAGAUAGCAGAGAAGUAUUGAAAAGAGAUAGUACAAGGAAGUUUGAGACGUGGACAGAAAAGCGAAGAAAAAGAAAGGUAGAAAUGCAAGAGGUUAGGUAUAAUGGCGGGCAGAGGCGGUUUGAGGUCGGGAAGUACAAGGAGCAAGGAGGACGUAGAAAAAGAAGAAAAGAAGAGAAGGACGGGCAAUGGUAUUCUGGUAGAUCAAGCAAGGAAAGACCUGAAGAAUCAACCGUUGAUAUCUGAAAGCCUGAAAAAAACCGUGCAAUUUAAGGAGGUUAAAGAGAGGAUAGAAGCACGCGGUAAGGUAGCAGGUAAAUUUAUCGACAGCAGAGGAAAGGACAAGAAAGAAAUGACAGGUGGCGUCAGCAGCAAGGGAGACGCGAAGGAUAGGACAGCAGAUGACGACGAACUGGCUAGACAGGCAGCAGACUGGGAGAAGGAAUGGUGGCGGAUGUGCGAGGAGGUGAAGGAGUUGAAAGAGAUGGUGAUGCAGGGGCAGGAGAAGAAGAAAGAAGAAGACGAAAGAAGAGAAGAGCUCGAGAAGAAGAAUGUAGAAUAUAAGGUAGAGAUAGGUAGGCUAGGAAAGAUAGUAGAAAAAAUGGAAGGGAAGUUAGAAAGUGUAGAAAAGAAAAUGGAAGAGCUGGAGGGAAGUGUGAAAGACUUGAAUGAAGUGGUUUUGGAUAUUCUGAAUGAGAAAUGUGAGGGUGACAAUGCGAGUGAGAGUGCGAGUGUAAAAUCUAAGUACAGUGCGUGGAGUGGAAGAAGUGGUAAGAGCGGUAUGAGUGUGUGUAGUCUGUCGGAGAAAGAGGUAAUAAGAAUGAAAAAGCUGGUGAAUGAGAAAGAGAGAGAGGAGAGGAGGUUAAAUGUUGUUAUUAAAGGAUGUAAAGGUAUGAGUGAAAAUGUGAAAGUGGAGGUAGAAAAGUUGUUACAGGAUAAGAUAGGUGUUAAGGUGCAUUUCGAGGCUGCGUGGAAAAGUGGACAAGUAGUGAUAGGUAGAUGUCAGAAUGCGGAACAGAAGGAGGAAAUUAUGAGAGGCAAGGCCAAGCUGGUUGGAUCGACAAUAUUCAUAGAUAACGACUUGACGUUUGAGGAGAGGAAAGUGCAGGAAAGGAUUAACAGAUGGGCGAGAGAGCAGAGAGAUAAAGGUAAAGAGGUGAGAGUAGGGCUUGGCAAAGUGUGUGUGAAUGGAAAAUGGAUAAGAUGGACUAGUAUGCAGGAUGAGAGAGUGGAGAGUGAGAAUUUUUAAAGGAGGCCCAGAAGAAAGAAGAAAAGAAGAGGAGCUGGAGCGACUACUGGUAUGAAGAGGACAAGGAGGCAGAGGAAAACAUGGA